AUGGCGAGAACAACAACAGAAGCGAACGUGAACGGCGAGGUCGUAACCGUGGUCGACAAUCUGGGUGAACUUUCAGUGUCAGAAGAGGAAAUUACCAGUGAGCCCAGCGCGCCGGGUACCCCAGAGACUUCAGUCAGCUCUCAACCUCAGUACAGUUUCGUCCCGUUUGAGCCACAUCCAGGAUACCCAAAAUCUCGCAUCAGUAUCGUGAACAGGUUCAUUGACCAACCACGAGAACUCCGGGUUGCUGUUAUUGGUGGUGGUCUUUCAGGUGUUCUUGCGGGUGUUUUGCUUCCGGCCAAGGUCCCCAACAUCAAGUUGACCAUCUAUGAGAAGAACCACGACUUUGGAGGUACUUGGCUCGAAAAUGUUUACCCCGGAGUCCGAUGUGACAUCCCCUCCCACGUCUACCAGUCAACUUUUGAGCCCAAGCUUGACUGGAGCGAUCAGUUCGCUGGCGGUGCCGAGAUUCGGGACUACUGGCAAAGCGUAGCAAAGAAGCACAAUGUAUACCAAUAUGCACGCUUCCAUACCAAGGUCGAAGGCCUCAACUGGAAAGAAUCCGAGUCCGUCUGGGAAGUAACCAUCAAGAACCUUCAAACCGGGGUGACAAGCACCGAAAAGGCGGACAGCGUUAUCACUGCCAUCGGCCGCUUCAACGCCUGGAAGCUUCCCAGCUACCCCGGUAUCGCCGGCUACAAGGGCGUCCUCCGACAUGCCUCACAUUGGGACCCGUCUUUCGACCCAUCUGGCAAGGCUGUAGCUGUCAUUGGUAACGGCGCCAGCGGUAUCCAGCUCGUCUCAAACCUCCAACCUUCGGUUGCCCGGCUGGACCACUACGUCCGCAACCCGACCUGGAUCGCGGCCUCCUGGGCGGGCGACGUUCGGCAGGCCGGGCCUCAGCCCUACUCAGACGAGCAAAUUGCUCUCUUCAAGUCUGAUCCAGACGCCUACCUCAACUUCCGCAAGGAAAUGGAAGACAAAUACUGGCGCCGUUUCAACGCUUUCUUCCGCGGUAGCAAAGACAGCACUGAACUGCGUGAGCGUUUCACGCAAAUCAUGCACAAGCGUCUUGCCAAGAAGCCGGAGCUAAUCGAGCACAUUGUGCCCGACUUUUCACCCAACUGCCGCCGCUUGACGCCUGGUCCCGGUUACCUCGAAGCCAUCUCCGAGCCCAACGUGGAGUACAUCCGCACGCGCAUCCGCCGUUUUACUGAAACCGGCAUCGAAACUGAGGACGGCAAGGAGCGGAAGGUGGAUGCCAUCUUCUGCGCCACGGGCGCCAACGUCUCGCAGGUCAUCCCCUUCCCCGUCGUUGCCAAGGGCAAGAACCUCCAGGAUGCGUGGAAUCCCGAGCUCAAGGGCAAGAGCGACAAGCACCACGGCUUCCCCUACACUUACCUCGGCGUGGCCACGCCCGGGUUUCCGAACCUGUUCUUCCUGCAGGGACCGCACGGCACGGGACCGAGCGGGACUGUCCCACAUAGCGCCGAGACACAGCUUACGCUGCUGGCAAAGAUUCUACGGAAGGUGGGAAGGGAAGGCAUCAAGAGCAUUGUCCCUUCCAGAAAAGCAGCGGAUGACUUUGUCGAGUACUCGGAUGCCUUCUUCUCUUCUACGGUGUUGACUGAUAACUGCAGCUCUUGGUACAACGGCGGCAGGCCGGGGGCGAGGAUUCAUGGUAUUUGGCCCGGGUUAGCGGGGCACUUGACGGUGGUAAGACAGCAUCCCAGGUGGGAGGAUUGGGAGUAUGAGUAUCUUGGGGAGACAGGUAAUAGGUUUCAGUGGUACUUGGGCAAUGGGUGGACGAGCAGGGAGGCGGAUCCGCAGUCGGAUAUGACACCUUAUUUGAGGAGUCCGGGGGAGAAGGUGGAGUUGAGGGAUGUACAUGAGAGUUGGUGGAAUUUGCCCUGA